CUAAAGAAGUCAAUGAAUCUUUCACUUUAUUUAACGGAAAGAUUUUUUUUAUGUGUGCAUAUGCAUUUGCGCAUUUCUGGUUAUAUUUUGUGCACCUCGUUGCCCUCUGAUGCAUGCUUUGGCGUCUAAACAUUUACUUAAAAACGGGGGGGAAACUCCCCACUUUGUGUCACAUUCGGACUUCGCCUGACGCUCAUUUAUUCCAACCACCUCCAGCCUGCUGACAACACCGAAAACAAACCCAAAGAGCGCGUCCGCCUAAUCGGCUGAAGGCUCGGGGAAGAUCUGUCCGAUGAUUAGCCCUCUCCAACAGACGGGGAUUAAAGCUGCUGGUCUCUAAUUAUUAUAAAGCAUUCGUCAGCACAUUUAUCCACCCAUUUCAGGGGCCGACAGUAAAGCGGAGGCGGGGAGUGCAGAUGUCCUGUUAGGUGCUCUUUCUCUCUCUCCCUGUGUGUGUGUGUGUGUGUGUGUGUGUGUGUGUGUGUGUGUGAGGUGAGGCCUGGAGCCGACCGACGUCGGGGGACGCAGGAACUGGGAAAUCCUCCCGAGGCAAGUCCCACGACGUAGACACGCCACGCUCCGCUCCCUCCCUCCGUCUCUCCCCCUCUCCCUCUCUCCCCAAGCUCGCAUCCUGUGCUUUUCGGCUCAAGAUGGCGGUGCAGGCAGCAGAAAAGGACGGAAUAAACAUGGACGGGGAUCACACGCUGAACGACUCAUUGGAGAACCCCGCUCUGAUCUCACCCGACAAGGAGGAUUUAUCCCGUCUUUUGACGGUGCCUUUCAGCGGGCGCAUCCGCGGCGGAAUGCGACCGGGGAAGAAGAUCAUAGUGAUGGGUAUCGUCGAUCUGGAGCCACACAGCUUCGACGUCAGCCUGACCUGCGGACGGGAUUUGGAAAAGGAUGACCUGCCAUUCGACGUGGCCCUGAAACUCACUGCUAGCUUCAGCAACCGGCAGUUUAUGCGGAGCGCCCGCGUCUCAGGGAAAUGGACAGAUGAGGAAGCUUCCACUUCCUACUUCCCUUUCAUCCCUGACCAGCCUUUUAGGAUUGAGAUCCACUGUGAGCACCAGCGUUUCCGGAUAUUCGUGGACGGACACCAGCUCUUUGACUUUUAUCACAAAGUGAAAUCCUUGCCCUCAAUCGACACAGUACGGAUACACGGAGACCUACAGAUCACCAAGCUCGGUUAACGCUCCCUGCUCUUCCCACUCGCAGGAGAUCUGUUUUGUGUGUGAAGCAAAGACUUGAUCACAAAUGACCGCACACACACACUAGCGCAUUACGUCGUCACCGGUAAGCCGUCAUCCAGCGCUGCAGCAGCAUUCCAUGUUGGGGGUAAAAUAGCUCUCUAGAGAGGACUGUUUAGGAUUUUUCAGCUUUUUUUUCUUCAGUUGUGAGGAUAUAAUGCGUUUCUGCUCAUUUCUUUCUUUUUAACUUUAUAUCCAGUCAUUUAAUUUAAGCUCUAAAACCUUCAUAAGUAAAAGCAAACCUCUAAAAUGGAUUGUUUGGGAGGAAACUUUGAGUUCAAGAUUGGAAAAUUACUGUUUGUUUUGAUUAUGAUCUCUGCUUUCAAGGAUGCUUUAAUAGAAAUUAUUCUUCAGAUGAAAAAAAAUAAAUCUGCUCAUAUUGUUCAAGAGUCAAGCAAAUUUACCAGUAACUGCUGUACGAUGAGUUUUACUCCAGAUAAAGCUGAUGUCAGUAGAAAUAUCACUGUUUUUUCCCCCCUGUGUGUUUAUAUUCAGUUUUUUUCAAAGCUCAGAGAUGUCAAUUCAGUUCAAAUUUAAAGUCUUAUUACUGCAGACCUAAAACUUUCUGGCCUAUUUGUUACUUUCCGCCAUUGCACUUUCAACUCUUGUGCUCUCCAUGAGGUCUAUCCUAGUUUACGUGAUGAUGUGCUGCAGCCUCCCCGACCUAAAUACCUAAAAACCAGGAUUAUAUCGAGACGUCCCACAUUGCUGUGUGCUGCGUUCGCAGGCAGAUUUUUAGCGACUCCUGCAGAUGGAAAGCAGAAAAUCAUGUUGAAAUGACUUAUUUUGUGUAAUUGGCUUAACUUCGGGAAAUCCUUCAAACCUGAAAGCAGGACCACGUCGUUGGCGGUACUUUGAAUGUACGAUGUGCAUGUUUCCAUGGUCGUGCAGACGACAUAGCGAUGUACAUAAUUAAUUUAAAACGUUUAAUACUUCAGUUGAUUUUGCAGUGUGGCUGUCGAUGUCACAGUUCAGGAACGUGUGUGUGUAUUUAUUUGUGUUUUCUGAAUCAUUCCACACCAGCUCAUAGCGAGGCAGAGCUUUAAUGUCAACAGGAGCUCCUUCUGAAGUCUUGCUAGUAGCAAUGCGAUGCACCAGUCUGUCAUUAUGACUGUUCCGCUACGUGCAGAAGAUCCCUUUUUUUCCUCGGUUAUGACAAUUCUGCACUAAUUGUUGUAGUAAAACUGCUAAAAGUCGUACUUGCUGUUGGUGCUGCUACUGCUCCUCUUCCAGUAUUAACAUUGUUACAGGGUUAAGUUCCUGCUGAAGCUCCAUAAGAUGAAAUGUACUAAAAUUUCACAGAGAAAGCAAAGGCUGUGGGUUGAAAGGUUGGGAUACGCUGAUUAAAAUAUAGCAUAUUUUGUCAACCGUCAUGUUACUGAGUGACCAAUUAAGUUUACUGAGUAUUACUUUAUUGCUGCGAUGUUUACUAUAUUUAUUUGGUUAUUGAAGUUGAGGCUGUUGGAUACCUCCAGCUUUGUAAAGACAUCAAGGGGCGUUCUUGUUAUAAUGAAAUCUGAUCUGCAUGAACCAGCUGAAAUGUUUUUUGUUUUUUCAUAAUCUUGCUCUAAAGUCAUGAAAAAGAUAAUAGUAACUUUAAAUAACCAGUCACAAAGCCCAUUUUUUGCUGUGGAUAGACCAAAACUGAUAG